UUUAUUGCAGAUCGUUACGGGGGUCCCCAAAUGGAUUAACGCCGUUAUCAGCUAAGCGCUGCAAUCAUCACCACCACCGUAAUCAUCAUCAUCGUCGUAAUCAACCAUUCCAAGGAGGCGUGAAAGUACAUUAACCACCAUUUCCCAUGGAACGAUGAGCAUCCCUGCUGUUGCUGCUACCAAUGAAUGGUGAUGCUUAUUCUCCAGUUGCCCAAUUAGUGCGAUAGAUAGUGCGUCUCCGACGAACAGAAAAAAAAACAGUUCGAGACGCAGAUCAACGAACCGAGACGUACACGAAACCUGGAAGCUUGCUGCAGAAGGUGAUCCCGCUGGACGGAGACAACCAUUAACGCCUUUCGCACAUCCCCCACAACCUGUCGCUUCACAUUUUGAUGAAUCGAGUUACCACAAACCGAGCGAGUGACCCACCUUCCACACUUGAACUCCACUGAGCGGUUGAACUAUGUAAACAAAGGAAGAUAACCAACGGACAGAUCCCUUUGAUAGUCAGAAUCUACCCUAGCAUACAGACACCUCACACCAAAAUGAACGGUUUAUCUACGCUAAACCGAUUGCUCGGCAAACGGAACAAAGAUGUAUCCAAAUCCACAUCGAACCUUAGCCGGUCGACGACCAACCUGGACAGCACCAACCAGUACAACAAGAUUGUCCCGUUGGCCGCCAUGACCAACGCCCCCUUCGAGCAGACCUUCCGUAUCACGGUUCUGCUGCCGCGGGAUCAGCUCUACGUGACCCGAAUCGGCGCCAAGACACGCCUGGCCGUCCUCAUGGACAUGGUGUGCAGCGACAAACUACUGGACCCGCAGAAGUAUCUGUUCAGGCAUCCGGCAGAUUUCCACCAGGGGUUUGAACUGGACCUCACCAUUGGGGAGGUUGGCCUGAACGAGAUCCGACUGAUUUCCAAGAAGGAGCUGGACAACUUGCGGAAUAACGAGUACCGGUUGAGCACUAGCGAUAUCUUCCGGUUGCACCAGAAGAACAUCCGAGAAAACUCGGUGUCUUCGUCGGAUCUGAGUCGGCACUCGCGAACCGCGCUCAAAACCACUAGUCCGUACAGUUCCACGAAUUCCUUGAAUUCGAUGGAUUCCUCUGGGUUGAGUUCCAGCUCUCGUGGAGGGCUGAACGGAACCCACAACCAUCAUCAUCCGCCGGUGGCUCCAACGCGGAAAAAGCGCAUGGCACCACGGCCUCCCAGUCAGAACUCCAUCCCGGAGAAAGCUCCGUUUGAGAUUCAUAAGGAUGAUCACAUCUUCAAGGAACCCCAACUUCCGCCGUACUCUCGGAAGAACUUCCACGUAUCGUCGCCCAAUCUGUACAACGGAGAGGUCAAAAUCGUUGAUACGAUCAACAAUAACAACAACAACUACAACGGCCAAACGGAAACCAACGGUAACGGUCACCACGUCGAAACCGUAGAAGAGAUGAACAACCUCAUCAACACCAAGACUUCGUACAGUACCCUCAAGAAUCGUCCCACGUCAAUGUACAUCAUCCGGGAACCGUCCGACCUGACGGACGAUUCCGCCAACACCGUGAACCACGAAAACCUGCAGCGGACAUCGCUCAACGGCACCGGUGGCGUCAACAACAGUACCACGCCGGACAUCGUAAACCAUUCCCGCACGUCGUCCAAUUCGUCCGAGGUGAAAGAUCCUCGCGACUUUCAGGAAGGUCCGCACCCCUCUACUACCACCGUCGUACCCACCCCUCGGAAGCGGCUGAAUUCGAACGCCAAAAAGUCGAAAGCUCCGGCACCGGCUCCACCACCGCGGGGCGUGUCGCUGCUGGGAUCGAAACAGCGGGAAGAGGUGGCGACCAUGAUGGCGACGGAACCGAAGAUUGUCCCGACACCGUCGCCAAGGGCACCCAACCGGGGUACCACGGUACCGAUCGGUGACGGAGCGGAAACAAUCAUCUCCAGUACGGAUUCCAACCUUAGCGAAACGGAUGCCGAGAUACAGAAGAAUCAAGAAACUGUCAACAAGCUGAAUGCCGUCAACAGCGCGCACCAACCGCAGGUUUCCGUCGAGCAAACCCCCUCUUCCACCCCAACCCAUCCAUCCCCCAACGUGUCCAAGGUCAUGCUGAACGUCGAUCAUUCUUCUCUGACCUCAACCGAUCCACCGUCCUCCCUAUCCCCCGAAGUCGAGCGUAAACCAUCAAGCGGAGCCUCAUCCGUGUCCAUAACGAUCGUCAACGAACCUUCCCCAGUCGUCGUCCCGAACAAUGGUCACUCCAAACCAUCCACCCCGAUCAUAUCCAAGGUUCACAUCGUACCGCCCACCCCUACCACCGACCGAGCCUCCAGCGAAGAACCGGUCGACCGGCGACUGUCCAACGGCGGCCACAGUUCCGACGAGGACAUCAAGAUCUACAACAUCGAGUCCGGCCAGGAGAUGCGCAUUCCGGACAACCGCGAUACGGUGCGUUCGCCCAGCCCAGCGGAAGAGGAAGAGCAGUGGACCUACACGCUCCCAGCCCCACCGAAAUUCGCCGAUUCCUCCAUCAAAUCGGGCGAGUACGACGAGAAGCAGCGGUUCUUCGAUCUGCAGUCGACUUUCGUGGACAACACGACGAUCGUGACGGAUCGGAUGACGAUCCACUCGGACGUGACGGAGGAGAUCAGGCCGAUCAUUCGGGAGAAGGUGCUGAUGGACGAGAGCUUGGAGGAAAUCGGACAGAAGUGUUCGUCGCCGACGGAGACGUUGGUGGAAAGCGAAGGCGGGAAUAGUAGCGUGACCGGGGAGAUUAUGAUCAAUUCGGAUAUUGAGGACGGGUAUCGAGGAGGCAGCGAGGUGAGGGAGACGAUGAUACAGACGUUGGAGAAGCGACGGGAGAAAUUGAAGGAGAGCGAGCUGCAGGAUUUGAAGGAGUCGAUCGAAGGGGUUAUGGUCGAGCAGAAGGUGGUGAAAGAAACGGAGGAGGAGGAGGAGAUGAACGAGAGUGAUAUUAUGAAAUGUGCCAAAUUGAACGAGGAGACGGUGGUGGAUGACUACACGAUGGUUGUCAAGAGAAGCAGCGUGGUGAGCGUUACGCGAUCGCAGUCAGUGGUUGAAGGUAGGAGGCUGUCGGAUGAGAAGCCAGCGGUAGAUAGGAAAAGCGAAGUGAUCAGUGAGCUCAACCAGGUUAUCAAAGAUGAGAAUGCGUUGAAGGCGGUGCUAAAUGGAAAGAAGAUGACGGAGGAGGAUGAGGAUAUUGUCGGGGCGAACAAGAAUAGCUUAAGUAACUUCAAAAUAUCUAGUUACAACGGCGAAAACAAGGAGAAUGUGGUUGAAAAGCCUAGCGAGAUGGUCAACGGACGGGAAGAAAAGACUGUUUCGGGUCCGGUUUCGCAGAAGUCCGACGACAGCGAAGAGGAAACAAACGUCAUCGUACGGCGUAAAAUAUCUGCGGAUUCAAUCUCCCGCAGCAAGUUGAGCAGCGAUGAGGACGAAUCGGGUGCCCGAUUGGGUAACAAGAACCACCAAGGACCGGUUAAGCGGCGCAGCCUCACGGUGCUGAACAAGUCACCGAAGAACAUCAACCGUUCGGAUAGCUUCCACUCGACGCGAUCCGAUUACAUCCAGUCGCUGGCCAGCGUCAACGGGUUGAGGCUGACUCCGCGCAGUACGUCGUACAUUUCGCUGAUCGGAGCGCAGAAGUUUGAGAAUCGGUUUGCUCAGAGCAAUCGGCGGAAGUCGACCAGUGAGAUGAGCAUUUGCGAUUCGCCAUCGCUCCAGAGCCUGGAAGUGAUCAAGAACAUCUUGAACAAUUCCAAGAGCAAUCUGGCGAUGGAUAAGAAGGAAGUUGAGGAAAUUAUGCCGAUGGCGUCCAUCAAGCGGAACAGUUUCACGGACAUUUCCACCUUGGUUCAGUUCAAGAGCGAGGUGAUUAGGAGCAGUUUGACCAGGCCGGAGAGUAUGGUUGAGCAGAAGAUAGAGGAAGUGGAGAGCAAGAAAUUGUUUGAUGAAAAAGAGAUCAAGAAGAAACCGGUUUUGAUCGAAAAGAUCGAGUCGGCGAAGGAGGCCAUGAUUGAAGAAUCGGUGAGUAUGACAAUAACUGAUAGCGAGAAGGCCAUGAGCGAAAGAGUUGUAGAUGUUUCGAAUGAGUCGAAAAGUGAUGAUGAGAAGCUUCAAAACAGACAGCUGUCAGCGGCGGUUGCCAAGCAACCUCAAACAACAGUAGUCAACAUCACUACUACAAGCACAACGGUUGCCAGUAGUGGUGUAAGCGUUACUGUCAACGCUGAUAAAAAUGAAAAACGAUGGACGUAUCAAGGGCCACCGACUAUAAACUUCACAACCUGGAGCGAACGGCCAAAGAUCGAUGUUUCGAUCAAAUCCGAUAAGGACUACCGUUUCGGCGGUAGCUCUACCCUUCCUCGGGGUUACCGUAAUGUAAAUAAUACCACUAAAGUAAACCUGAAUGUUGCUCCAGCGCCAGCCCUGGACAAAGAGAACGGUAUAGACCUGCCUGAUUCUCGUGAACAUGUGCCAUUUAACGAUGGGGAAUCUAGAUCACUCCCACAGGACAUCAAUCCUGAACCGGUCUUAACCUCCAAUUCCGAUCGUCUCCCAAUCGUUCGAGCUGUUGAAUAUAAAAAGAACGUCGUUCUGCCGCCUCCAGUGGCCCAGAAACCCCUUGAUAAACCGUACUUCUACGAUACCUACUCCCGAACCCCUGCGACCUCGACGGCCACCAUCAACCGGUUGAGCAUGGGAUUCAACAAAUUCCAACCUGUUGUCCGAGGCUUCAAAUCGACGGAUGAGAAAGACGUCCCGGCGACAAAACCGCGCCCCGUGUCGAUGAUCGAGUCCUCCACUAUCUCGACCGCCAUCUUGAAAACUACGCCUACUAGGAUGGAAAAACCUAUUCCGGAAGUUACGUCGCUUCCCUUCGGACAGAACACCCUUCGUCGGACGGGUCUGAAAGAUAAAAUUCUUGCACAAACCAACCCAGAACCGGUGGCGGUGGCAAAGCCAGCUGUUCAGGAAGCCCCGGUUGUAGCCGUGAAAGUGGCGGCCGCGACAACUGCCGCCCCUCCACCGCCUCCCCCGGUGGCUCCUAAGCUAACCACUCCGGUUGUGCGAGGGGCCAUCGUGAAGAAGCCGCUUCCGUCGCCGGAUGUAGACCCCCGUACCGCUCUGUUGGAUGCCAUCCGGAACUUCAACAAGGAUAAGCUACGCGCCGAACAGUAAUCGCAGUAAGCCGUUUUUAACUGUGCUGUAGGUUUCUGUCACUUUCCGAGACGUGCGCCGGUCGUUGCCUAGCAACGAAACUUUUUGGCGUCGCUCGCUUUGUAGUUAGUUGUUAUUAAUUUAUUACUCUGUUGUUUCUUUUAAUUUCUAUUUCUUCUAUUGUUCUAUCUUCUUUUUGUAUCAAAAUUUUCAUUUUUAUUGUUUUCAAUAUAAAUAUACCAAUUUUACUCGGUUUUAUGUGAAAAAUGGAAUAAUUAUUACGGUUUUACAUUGGCUUUACCAGCAUUCAGUUUCACUUUUACACUCUGAUUUCAAUCAAAAGCUCACAAAUUGCUUCAAAAUUUUUCCACCUUAUGAAUGGGCGUUUAAAAGCCAAGGAAAUAGUAGCAGCUGAAAUCAGAUGAAAUAUCAAAAACAUUUAUUUGUGAAUAUUUUUAAAAUAUUGAAAACUUAAUUGUUCUAGGGUUUCAAAAUAAAGUUCUAAAAUGUGUAAAUGGCUCUUAAAAUUAGCUCCCACGGAUAACAUUUUUAAAAACCAGAAUAAUUUGAAAAUUAAAAAACACAAUUUACAAAUGUGAGGAUCAGAAAUGUUUUUACAUACACCCUAAAUACAAAAGAUAAGUUUUUGGGGAAGCUUAACCAUUCACGGAGAGACGAAACUACCCAAAAGUAAGUUCUUUCCACCCAACUUCGGGGUUGCGAGCGUCAAGCCAAUUUUGAGUUGAUGGAAUCGAUGUUUUUGUUGGGUUGUUCCCGCUUGCUUCCAUGUG